AUGGGGAUUGAGGUGUGUGUGUCCAGAAGACACGGUCACCUGACUGCUCUUUGUCCCACCAGUGCCCAUGGCUGCCCCCCUGAAUUUGACCGUCCAGCUGACAGAGCAGCAGCUGUCCUUCCGCUGGGAGGCCCUGGAGGAGGAACAGCUCAAUGGUGUGCUGUGGGGCUACAGAGUGCAGUGGGAGCUGGGGGGGAAGAGUCAGGAAUUGCAGUUCAGGGAGAAUAAAGCCAACCUGUCCAGCGAGGGCCAGUUCUUCAAUGCUUCUUUCCGGGUCUCUGCCUGCACUGCAGUGGGCUGUGGACCCUGGAGCCCACCUGUCAUGGUGCUGCCAGCCCAGGCUCCCAGGCCGCGAGCCCAGCGUGGGCACGGCUGGGUGGCGCUGCUGGUGGCCGUCCUCACCGCGGUCAUGCUGGGGCUGCUGAUCGCCAUGCUGAUCCGCCGCAGGGAGAAGGAAACGCAGUUCGGGGCAGUGUUUGAUGAUGUAUCUCACAGGGCCGAGCCGACAGUGUCCUUCACAGCUGCCAGGUCCUUCAACAGACAGGGCCCUGAGAUCACUGAAUCCACUUUGGACUGUCUGGGUAUCAGCGACGAGCUGAAAACCAAGCUAGAGGACGUCCUGAUUGCACAGCGGUUACUGACUCUGGGACACAUGCUGGGAAAAGGUGAGUUUGGCUCUGUGAGAGAAGCCCACAUGAAGAUGGAGGAUGGCUCAGUCCAGAAGGUGGCAGUAAAAGUGCUCAAAAGUGACAUCAGUUCCUCCUGUGAUGUAGAGCAGUGUCUGCGUGAGGCAGCAUACAUGAAGGAGUUCCACCACCCCAAUGUCAUUCAGCUCAUUGGAGUGAGUCUGCAGAGACGCCCCCAGCAGCGCCUGCCUGUUCCAAUGGUGAUCCUGCCCUUCAUGAAACACGGAGACCUGCACACCUUCCUGCUAAUGUCACGCAUGGGGGGCCAGCCCUUCGCUCUGUCUCUGCAGACGCUGGUACAGUUCAUGCUGGACAUUGCCCGUGGGAUGGAGUACUUAAGCAGCAAGAACUUCAUUCACAGGGACCUGGCUGCGCGCAACUGCAUGCUGAAUGAAGACAUGACGGUGUGCGUGGCGGACUUCGGCCUGUCCAAGAAGAUCUACAGCGGGGAUUACUACCGCCAGGGCUCGGCCUCCAAGCUGCCAGUGAAGUGGAUUGCUCUGGAGAGCCUGGCAGACAACAUCUACACCACCCAGAGUGACGUGUGGGCAUUUGGGGUGACCAUGUGGGAGAUCAUGACCCGUGGGCAGACCCCCUACCCUGGAGUGGAGAACUCGGAGAUCUAUGAAUACCUCAUCAAGGGUGGCCGCCUCAAACAGCCGCCAGGCUGCCUAGAUGACAUCUAUAACAUCAUGUACAGCUGCUGGAGUCCCAACCCGAAGGGCCGGCCCGCGUUCCAGCAGCUCAUCGAGCAGCUAGAGGGGGUGGGGGCUGGGCUGCCCCUGGGGCGCGGGGAGGAGGAGCUGCUGUACGUCAACCUGGCAGAGGGCGGAGAGCAGGAGGGCCAGGCCGGAGCCGCACCCUGGCAGCGCGGGGAGGAGGACUGGCCCCUGAUGCCCGCGGGUGCCGCAGGAGCCACUGGGGGAGACUACCGUUACAUUAUAGGACCCCGAAACACCACGGAGGACUACAGCCGAGUGGGCCCAAGCGGACCGCCUCCACAACAGGAGGAGGAAGAAGAAGACGCCGUCGUCGAUGUGUAGAGCUGCUUCUCCUUCCUCCUGGUAACCGUGCGGCCCCGGGAGGAGUUCUGUUCGGAAUGAGGGGCCCCUCUCCCUGGGGGCCACGCUAGCACAGGCCUUAUCGCUGCAGGCGAGCUGGACCGGGUGACCGCGCAAGCGAGUACGUCUGUCCGUAGACACAAAGCCCACCCGUAAGCCCUCCCCUCAGCGGCGGUCCUUUUCCCUGGAACAGCGCGAAAACUGCAAUCCAAAACGCUGCGUUUUCCCGCUUUGUUCUCGUUUCCACGGUGUCUGAGAUAAUUGGUUUUCGAGAGCCUACAGGUAAGUGUUUCCACAAUUUUGGUAGGUUUUUUUUCUGUCACGUGACAUCCUUUUAAAAUUCCCUCUGGCUGAUUUGGUUUCCCAGUUAACAACGCUAAAAUGCCACUAAUUAUGAAACAUGACCCAAGCUACUUUGAAUUACAGCCUCUGAGUGAUUAACCUCUUCAACUCCUCAAACGGUGUUUAAAGGUGAAAGUAGUACCAGAGCGCAUGUAAAUUACACUAUAGUCCUGCAGUUUACUGACAAGUACCUAUUGUGUCUGGUGUUAAACUACAGUAAAUCAUAUUCAUUCCAACAGCACAGAUAUAUAUAUAUAACAUAUGUGCAUUCUAUAUACUGUGUAUAUAGAACAUAUAAUACAUACCUGUAUAACAGGCAUGUAAAUGUGCAACAAUUGCAAUCAUGGCAUUUUAGAUAAUUGUACAAAAAAAAGAAAAAAACACCCUUAUCUCAAAGGGUAGUGAAUAUGUUUUGCUGAUGCAAUGACUGUGAAUCGCAUUUUAUAGGGAGGUAUAUUGCAAAAUAACCACCAAUGUUACAUUACAGAUUGUCUUUCAAUGGAUGUCUAAUGUGCAGCUUUAGGCAUAUUCGAUUUUACAUUGAAGUCAAAUGGGUUUAGUAAAAUAAAAUACUGGAAAUAAUUUUAAGCCUUACUUUACAUAAUGAGGUAAAACAUGGUUUUGAUUUGUGUAUGUAUUUGCAAUGUUGUCAAUAUGCUCCGAGUACAACAUGCAGGGAUUUCAAUAAUGCACUGACAUACAAAUCUCUUUUACACCAGAAGCUUGGAUACUGGGAAUUACCGAAUGAGUGUUUUUGUCUUAAAAUGCUGAGUUUUCCCCAUUGUACAGCAAUAAUCAUCGUCUUGCACUUGCUGGUGAUCGUUAUAUUUUGCUGGAUAUGCCUUGCACCUUUUCAAAUUUCAAAUUACAUUUUUCCAAUUUCAGGGAGCAACACAGAUUGUUUAAAAAAAGUUUAAAAACAUGGGUCUGUAACAAACUCUGGUCUUGGUGAACUCCAGUCCUGUAGGCUUUGCAGUUUAUAAAGAAACAGAGCAAUUUCAUUGUGGUUUAAUUAAGCAGGUGAUAGUUUCAGUAUUUUAGAGAUCAUACUCUGUAUUUCUUCAGCCUUCAAAGACCAGAGCUCUCUUAAUUGAACAAUUAGUACAUUAAUUCAGUGUUAACAUACAAAUAUAGCUUAUUGGUGACCCUAGCUGGACUAGAGCUUUCCAGACACCUGGAAACUAAGUAGUGCUGACUGAGACUGAAUACAUUAGCACAGAUAACACAAUUUCACAAUUAUCAAGAUUUUACUGUACCUGUCCCCCUAGUUUUUAUUCGUACAGCUCACCUUACACCUGAAGCACCCACAGCUUAUACUGGACUAAGAGGAAUGAGGGCAGAGUUGUGUAGACAAGGACAGAAAACUGUUUACCACUGCUAGAGCCUGCUGAUGCGUGUGCACUUUACUAUUCAGAACAGAUCACUCAGGAGUUCUCAUAAAAACAUCAAGGGGCACAGCUACCCCAGGACUCUUAUGGGUACAUUCCAUAUGUGGGUUAUCAAGGGAUAUUAAAAGUAAUGUUUUGUUAAAGAGAUUUUUUGAUAACUCUUGCUCUGUUGUCAGUUUUCACAACUGUGUGUAAAUAUGCUGUCAUUACUUAAAGAUUUUAAUACUUCCUUAAAUAACUGUUACAUGUGUAAAAGUUGAGAUAUUAAAAAAACACAUGAAAAAGA